UUACUUUGACAAUGAAACUCACAAAAACAGAAAGAAAACACAAAGAAAAAGAAUCACUUUCUACAUGCCCAUAAAUUAUUCCUUUCCUAUUUUUCUGUCCAAUAUGCAACAUGUUAUAAGUAGCCCCAAAAUGUUACAACUUCCCAACUCAAACAACCAUUAUUAGCAAAUGUCUUUAAGUCCUCCUCGAACUCGAUCAAACCCGACCCGUAUUUACGAUUCUUAUUGGUGCUACCAAUGCCGACGGAUUGUCCGACUCUCCUCGGACAACCCGUCGGAAAUCGUAUGUCCUCGAUGUUUCGGUCAGUUUUUGAGUGAGAUGGAAAUCCCAAGACCAAGAUUGAUUUUGGAUUUUACGUACGACGACCCGUCCCCUCAAGCCCGUCUUCUCGAAGCCUUGGCCCUCAUGCUUGACCCGCCUAUGAGGGUACGUAACCAUGAACCCGACACCCCUUGGACGGUCUCACGACAACGGUCUAGUAAUAGGGAUGUUGUGCUCGAAGGGCCUACUACAGAACGACCGAGAUGGGUUCGGGUCCCACAGGUUUCGAACAGGACGAGGGAUGACUGGGAUGUUGAACCCGGGUUACGUCCCCGACCUAGGUGGAUCGUCGUAAGGCCCACGGGCUUCCAGCCACAAGGGGGGGCCGCAGUAAGCCAAGUCGGUAGGCCCCCCCAAAUGGAGUCCGAUCCAAGGAACUAUUUCCUUGGACCGGGCUUACAACAACUUAUCAACGACCUUACAGAGAACGACCGCCAGGGCCCGCCACCGGCACCGGACACCGCCAUCGAAGCCGUCCCACUCGUGAAGCUCACGGCGGAGCACGUGGCCGAGGGGGGCUCGGAGUGUCCCGUUUGUAAGGAGGAGUUUGAAGUAGGAAGUGAAGUAAGAGAACUACCAUGCAAACAUGUGUAUCAUUCUGAUUGCAUUGUACCUUGGUUAAGGUUGCACAACUCGUGCCCGGUUUGUCGAACCGAGCUACCGGUUAGCUCGGUUCGACAAUGUGAAGGUGUAGGAGGAGUUAUCGAAUCGGAAGGGUCGAGUAUUGAAGAUGGUAGGCCUCGAAGGUGCUUUAAUUGGAACCGGUUGAGCUCAAUUUGGCCAUUUCGUUCGAGGUAUUCAAGGAUUAGUCCCCAUGAUGUUCGUAAUACUAGGAUGUCAACAGGAGCGUUUUUGUUGACAUGCACGUUAUGCCUGAUGCUUGUGAUACCCUUAGUCACAUAUUCUCCAAUUCCAUCCUAAUAAGUCUAACAACAACUGAACGAUCAAGGAGGCAAUCCUGCAGUAUUCUUUAGCAUUGAUGUUGGUUGUUGUCAUUUAUUGGUGCUCUGUGAUAUACUGUUAUAACGGAUGCAAGAAAGACAGUAAAGAACGUAACUAAAGAACACAAAGAUGUAAUUAACGUGGUUCACUAACAACAUGUUAGCUACUUCCACGUGUAGAGAAGGUGAAGACUUUAUUGAUCUUGAGGAAUACUUAUUACAUAAUACAACUAGGUUAAUUAUGACCGAUUCAAGGCAUAUUCUAUUUCUAACAUAUACUUACAUUUCUCGAAUUUGAUAGUGGAAAUUUCCACUUCCUAACCCAUGUUGUAUAUCGAAUGCUUUCGAGUUCAAGUAUUCAAUGAUUAUGAGGAUUAACCUUUUCAAUUCUUUGUUACGCAUAUGCCUGAAUCUAUACUAGUUAUACUGGUUGCAUGUCGGUCAGUUCGUGCCUUUGGGUCGGGCUUUGGGUCGAUGGCCUAAACGGGUCUAACCCACACCAAGCACACUUGUAUUAUGUCAGGCCGAAAAUUUCGGAAUAUAGCCCAGACCCACGUUCCAACGGAUCGGGUCAAGUUGUGCCGUCGUGCCUAAGUCUAAUUAUGUUAGAUAUAGUCUUCACUUUGUUAUAUGUGAGUUUUCAACCUGUGGAAGAAAUAUAAACUUUUGGAUAUCUUUAAAUAUGUCCAUGUGCUUGACUUAUCAAAUAUGUUGUGGCUUAAGUCAUUGGGCCAAGUGGGGCUUUGGGCUUGGUUGUUAGUAUUGGGUUAAUAAUAUGGCUAUAUAUUAUUUACUUAGCACUUAGCACGCGCAUCCUUUAUUUAAGGAUUUAAUUAACGAUUAAUCUUUUUGCGGUUAUUAAUAUUUUGAUUAAUUAAAAUAUUAAUUAAUUAUUUUGAGUUUAUAGGAUAAUAUCAGAGGCGGUUAUUUUGUAACUGCCAUACUAUUUUCCUAUUUAACCUAAGGCAGAAGGUUAAUGUUAAUUACGUUUUUCAUUCAUAUUUCUGAUAAAUACAUGUUCAUGAGAAUGGAUGAUCUUGUUGUAAUCCGUUCAUUUGAUUAGGGAAUCCUGGGGGUAGAUUAGCUUUGAAUCCCAUCAGCAAUAUAGUGGGGGCUAAUAUUAUCCUAAGGACAGAGAUUAUCUCGUCCUAAUCUAGUUUCCGUAUUUUCGUUUUUCAUAAUUCAAAGUAUAGUUUCUAACAAAUUAUACUAAAUUUAGCGUGCUUUGUCAUGCUGGGUCGGGUCGUGUCUUUGGGCCGAGUCAAGGGAUAAGCUACACAAGAUUGGUAUUUGCCACUCCUAAGAGAAUGCAUGAUUUGUAGGUGAUGGUAAAGAAGUUUGUGUCGGGCCAUUCUUUGGGCCGAACCCACGAGUUGUGUGUCGGGUCGGUCUUUGGGCCGAGCCACGAGUUGUGGACCGGGUCGGUCUUUAGGCUGAGCCCAUGAGUCGUGGGCCUGUGCAGGCCCGCCCAUGUCAAACUCACUUUGUAUCGCGUUGGGCCAAAAAUUUCAAAAUAUGACCCGGUCCAUGGGUUCUCGUACUGACCGGGUCGGGUCGUCUAUCUGAGCCUAAUUUUACUAGAUUUAGUGCACUUUAUCGGGUCGGACCGUGCCUUGUCAUAAUUUUCUCCAAAAAUUGUGGGUCGGGCCUGAUCCACAUGACGACUUCGUGCUCGUAUCGGACCAUGCUUUUGAAGGUGGAAAAUAGCGCCCCUAAGUGAAUUGGGUGUCUUUUAGAAUUGAUUCUUUAAGUUGUUAGUUAUUGUUAUUUCCAAUUGCAAAAUGUAAUUAGCAUUAGAAUCAAUCCUUAUCUACAUAAUUAAUGUCGGAAUCAACUUACUUUCCAUUCAUUAAUCCUAAUUCCCUAAGUAAAUGGAUGAUGGGCCUACUGCCUAUCCAAUUAUCCAUAAGUUUGGAUAUGUAUUGUGUGCUUUCUUGAUUAGGGGCCAACCCUAACAAAGUUGUCCCAUCAAAUUUUUGGAUAAUUGCUAAAACUUCCUUUCCAAGUGAUUCCUAAAUCCUUUGAUAACGAAUGAUAGAAGUAUACAUUUCAUCAAAUCUCCUCUUCACUUUUUAAUUUUUCAAACUACUAGUAUUUCUCAAUUUUGAUAUUUAUCAUUUUUUUGAAAUGUCAAUGGCUAAGAAUGUUCGAUUCAUAACUCAUUCAACACAAUCUUAUCCGCUUUAUAACUCACAUUAAAUACAUUAUCCUUGUAUUGCAAACUGUUUAGCUUUUUUCAUGAAUUUGCAGAUGUUAACUAGUUUAGUUUGUAAAAAGUAUUGAGUGUCUGGUACUCAAGACAUGAGAUCGAAUCUCAUUUACAUCAUUUGUUGUUUUGCUCUUUGUGGCUCUCUGUACACGAAAACUAAUAAUAAAAUAGAA